GCUGAUGAAUUAAUAGAACAAUGCCUAGCAGAGGCAGACCCUCUUAUUCGUUAUGGUGGUGCCUAUGCUAUUGGUCUUGCAUACUGCAAUACAGGAAAGAGCAGCAGUUCUUUCUUUAGGGUUUGUCCUUUGUUCUCAUAG